UAAUGUCACAGAUUUCAAAAUAUUAAUUGCAAGGCAAGGUCGGAUCUGGAGUUUAUGGAGAUGUUUAUAAGGCUAUCAAUACAUAAACGGGAAAGAUUGUUGCAAUUAAGAAGAUUAAAAAGCAAGUUCUCUAUUAAAAUUUAUAUGAUAGUAGUAAGAUUAAGGGAUAUCUGCUGUAGCUUUGAGGGAAACAUCGAUAUUGCAGACAGUACAAUGUGAAAAUAUCGUGAAGUAAGAACUAUAUAUGAAAAUAGGUUGAUUGAAAUUGAAUAUGUUUAGGGGUGCAUUAGAUUGGUGAUGGAAUUCUAUGACGUCGAUUUGGAUGCAUAUCUGAAAUAAAAUAGAUUGGAGAUCAAUAAGAUUUAAGUAAGACGUAAAUGUAAUGUGAAUAGGAAAUUUUAUAUGGCAUCCUCAAAGGGAUGAAUGAAUGCCAUAAAAAGAAAUGCAUGCACAGAGACUUGAAGCCCCAGAACAUAUUAAUUAGUAAGGAAGGUAUUUAGAAAAUUAAUUCCUCAGGGAAAGUUAAAAUCGGAGAUUUUGGAAUGGCUCGAUCUUUCCAACAAGUACCUGGAUCCUACACAUAUGAAGUGAUCACACUUUGGUACAGGCCACCAGAAUUAUUGCUUAAAUCUACUGGUUAUACAACAGCGAUAGAUGUUUGGUCGAUUGGAUGCAUAUUUGCACAAAUGGUGCUAAGGGCCCCUUUAUUUGCUGGAGACAGUGAGAUUUAACAGAUGAAAUUGAUAUGCGAAAACAUAUCUUUGAAUUAGGAUAAUGCAUAAGUUUUAUCUGUAUCUCAUUAUGAUUAAGUUUUAGAAUUCUAUAUUUUAAAGUUAAUUGGAACAGAAAUUGGAUUUGAAAUUCACAAAUACAUGUAUAACUUAAGAUGGUUUGGAUUUAUUAAAGAAAUUAUUAUAAUUGAAUCCAGCCAAUAGAAUUUCUUGUCAUGAAGCUCUAAGACAUGUAUUGAUUAAAUUAUAUUAAAGCCAUUCUUUAAUAAUUUCCAAGAGCCAGAUGAAAUCAAUUAAAAUAUGGAUAUAUUGUCAUAGUAUUUUAGGGUUUAGUAAUGAUGAAGAAAUUUGGUUUCAAU